CGACGUCAAAUUGGAUGCUAGCGAUCCAUGGUUUUGUAGUCAGAGGAUCACGAAGAGCCGUGCAGGCCCGUGAUUACUCGUGUUUGCCCGUGAUUACCCGUGAUCGUUUGAAAGGUUACCGCGUCACCCAGUGAUUAUUUUUUAACACAAGAAAGAUCGUACGAUUAUUACGAUGUACGCAAUUUUUUGUUUAUCAUGACAAUGACAUGUGGAUGAUUUAAACAAUGAUAAAGUUCAGUCUAGGAAGUGCUAUGUUGUGAGAUUUACGGAACAGUGAAUAAGACUUGGGCUUGAAUUUUAAUAUUAGUAUCAUUAUUAUAUGUGACUUAAGUAAAAAGAUCUGUAUUACGGUGUAUGGUAUCAAACGAAAAUUAUACACGAUAUAAUAACAAAAUAGAUCGUUCUGCUUUAAUGAACGAUCGCGUUAAAGAGUUUGAUAUUAAAAAAAAAAUGGUAUCUAAUUGGGAUGUAUGUUGUCUUGUAUUUUCAAUCAUCACACAUGUAGUAGAUGUAAUACUUGAUAUCACGCUAGCGGUCAGAUACCUUUUAAACGAUAGAAUAGCACAUUUUAUAUGGACCAUAGUCUUCGUUUUUGUUCCAACAAUUGUUGUAACAGUUAUGAGCAUGAAAAUGUACAAACAGGAUCAAGAGUUAUACCAAAAUGCUACACACGUGUCGAAAAAGUUUAAAGCCCGUGACAUUGGUUGUUGUUUGGUCGGAGUCUUCUUUCACUUGACUCCGAUAUUACGUUACGGUAAUGCGCUCAACUACGCUAUUCAAUCCCGUAAAUAUGAAAAACUGGGAGAUUCAAACAAGCAGAAGCAAUAUUAUUUGCAAAUGUUGCGAGAAGAUCAAGAUGCUGCUUUACUCCGAGUUACAGAAUGUUUUCUCGAAGCAGCUCCGCAACAAAUUCUACAGCUGACCAUUUUAUUGAAGAAUCUCCAGAAUGUGCCCUGGUUUGAAAUAACGCACCAAUCCAUCUGCAUUGCCAGUUCAUUAGUUAGCAUGGCUUCGGCAAUGGCAACUUAUCACCGCAGUAUUCGUGCAACCCAGAGAGACAAGUUCGAAAUUAGUUCAUUAGGCAUAUCUUUACAAUUUUGUUGGCAUCUGCUUAUCACAGUGUCAAGAAUUCUGGCUAUAACGAUGGUAGCGAUUUUAUAUGUACCAUACGCUGUUUCAAGCUUACUUUUACACUGGUUUCUAAUGUUAAUAUGGAUCGGUGCCGAUUCUCACGGGAUACACGAAUUCUGUAGAAACAAGAAUCGCGCUCCUCAUAUUCGUCGAAAUAUUAUCGAACGAAUUUCUUCAUUCAUGUUUGUAUCCGUCUUAAGUGUAAUAUAUAUUUUUAUAUAUCUGAAUCCUACAGAUGGGCGCACUUUUCGGAAGUACUUCUUCUACUACACACUUUGUCUUUUGGAAAAUAUUUUCGCAUGUUUAUAUUGGAUGCUAACUCCAUCAACGGACAUCAGAUUUCUCUGGUACUUUCAAUUUCUUCCAUUAACCUGCAUUUCCUUUUUCUUACUUGGCAUUGUCAUAAUGAUUUUGUAUUAUGUUUACUUUCAUCCGUCUUUAAAACAAAAAAAUGUAGAAUCCUUAGAAAUUUAGCUUAUUUAAUCAUUUAUAUUAACUUUUGUAUUUCAUUGCGAAAAUGUUUUCCAAAUGGAAGAAUGAGCCCCUCGUUUUUAUUUUUUGCAUAAAUUUUGGCAGAAUCUUGUAAUCUGCAAUUUUUAUACAUAUAUUGUACUGU